AAGCCCAGUAUCCCACCCCCACCCCUCCUCAAACCCCAAGCCCCCAACCCUUGUCUCUCUCUCUCUCUCUCUCUAGGACAGAAAAGAGAGAAAGAGGCAGAUAUGUUACUGGGUCCAAGAUUGGGUUAGAGUACUACUAGUAUGAGGAGCUUCUCCUCCUAAAGAUAAUGAGAAUAGCCUUCACUGUCUUCUUCUCAUCAGAAGAAGAUGGUUACCCUUUCACAUUCUCAACAACAGCCACCACAAAUCCAGCUCCAAAAUCUAAUCUUUGAUGGCCUUUACUGUGAGGAAGAGCGUUUUGAUGAGGUUUUGGGAAGUGGGCUUGGUUUUGAACAAGAUGAGAGUGACUACUACUACUACUGUGACAAAAAGAGCUUAACUUUAUUAGAAAAUGACCUAUUUUGGGAAGAUGAGGAGCUUGUCUCUCUUUUAUCUAAAGAAAAAGAGGCUCAUUUGGGGAAUAAUAGGAGCAGUAAUCUUGACUCAGAUGGGCUUUUAAUGGUGGCUAGAAAAGAGGGUGUUGGAUGGAUGUUAAGGGUCAUUGGACAUUAUGGUUUUACCCCGAUGACUGCUGUUUUAGCUGUGAGUUACUAUGAUAGAUUCAUAUCUAGCCUCUGUUUUCAGAGGGAUAAGCCAUGGAUGAGUCAACUCGCUGCUGUCGCUUGUCUUUCUAUUGCUGCCAAGGUGGAGGAGAUCCAAGUGCCCCUUCUGUUAGACUUUCAAGUGGAAAGUGCGAAAUUUGUUUUUGAGGCGAAGACCAUUCAGAGAAUGGAACUUCUGGUGCUGUCUACUCUUCAAUGGAAGAUGAAGCUGGUGACACCUCUUUCAUUCAUUGACCACAUCGUGAGGAGAUUUGGAUUGAUGACUAACAGGAAUUUGGAGUUUCUUAAGAGGUGUGAGGACCUCCUUCUCUCUGUCAUUGCUGAUGCUAAGCUUGUGCAUUAUCUCCCAUCUGUGAUUGCUUCUGCUACAAUGUUGAUCGUUGUUAAAGACAUUGAUCCUUGUAGAUUAAUGGAAUAUCAGAAUCAGCUGAUGGAUGCUCUGAAGGUUAGCAAGGAGACCAUAAAUGAGUGCUAUAAACUCAUCCUGGAGAUAAUGGAUGAUCAAGGAAACAAGCAUUACCAAAAUGGCAAGCGCAAACAUCAGCCGAUACCAGGCAGCCCAAAUGGUGUCGUUGAUGCAUACUUUAGCUGCGACAGCUCUAAUGAUUCGUGGGAUGUGGUACUUUCUGCAUCACCAUCGAAGCAGAUGUUCAAGAGAAGCAGAGUUCAGGACAAGUUAAUGAUGUUAUAAGUUCACCUAGCAGUUUGUCUGUGAGUUUGGAUAAUUGUCCUUUAUAACUCUCACGCUGUUGUUGGUAGAUUCUGUUGGCAAUAUUUAUCUAAUAUACUGAGGAUGGCGCUACAUAUAGUCUCUUUUUUAUGUGCGCUCUUAGAAUGCCAUGCAAUAUUAUGGAAUGCUCUCAUAUCUGACUGAUUUUCCGGCCAAAUUCAUGUAAUGGAUCAGAAAACUAUUUGCUAGAGGGAAUGAAUCUUGAAAUUGAAAGAGAGCUUGGUUAAACUUUUUCUUG